AUGAGGGGAUUUUUGCCAUUCUCCUUUUUUCUGAUUUUUGCCAAUUCUCCAGGCUGGGCAAGAGACAGACAUUAUUAUAUUGGCAUUCAGGAAGGGACUUGGAAUUACGCUCCUACUAGUAAAAACAUAGUCAAUGGAAAACGUAUUUCAGAAGAUAAAGAGCUUCGCUCAUAUAUCUAUCUACAAAGAGGCCCCCAAAGGAUAGGACGGAUUUAUAAGAAAGCCAUGUAUGUUGAAUACACAGAUGGAAAUUUCAGAAGGAUUAAGCCAAAGCCUUCCUGGUUAGGAUUUGUGGGUCCUAUUAUGAAGGGAGAGGUUGAGGAUGUCCUCAUUGUGCAUGUGAAAAAUUUUGCCUCAAGACCCUACACUUUGCAUCCCCAUGGAGCAACCUAUACCAAGGAAAAUGAAGGUGCUCUGUAUCCUGACAACACCUGGGGCCGACAGAAGGAAGAUGAUGGAGUGAAGCCUGGGCAGAAUUAUACUUACAGGUGGUCCAUAACUCCAGAACAAGGGCCUGCAGUUGGAGAUCAUAACUGUGUGAGCAGAAUUUACCACUCACACCUUGAUACUGUGAAGGAUGUGGCUUCUGGGCUUGUGGGAUCCCUGAUAACUUGUAAGAAAGGGACUCUGAAUGGGAAAAAUGAAAAAGAUAUCGAUCAUUCAUUUGUUAUGAUGUUUAGUGAAAUAGAUGAAAAUAAGAGCUGGUAUCUGGAUGAAAAUAUCAAAACUUACUGUUAUGAGCCUAACAAGGUCAAUAAAACAGAUCCAGGCUUUGUGGAGAGCAACAGAAUGCAUUCAAUGAAUGGAUUCCUGUUCGGAAACCUCCCAGGCAUCACCAUGUGUAUGGAAGACAGAGUGAAGUGGUAUUUUUUUGGAAUAGGUGAUAUUUAUGGCAAGCACUCCAUCUUUCUUCAUGGACAGACUCUAGAUUAUCUGGGACACCGAGUUGACACACUCAGCCUUUUACCUGCUUCAAUGGUUGAUGUCUACAUGGUUGCAAAAAGUGUUGGGGAAUGGAUGAUUAGCUGUCAAGUUAACAAACAUGUUGACGCUGGCAUGCAGGCCUAUUUCAAAAUAAAUGACUGCAAAAAGCCCUCAACUGAUAAAGUUAGUGGAACAAAAGUUAGACACUACUACCUUGCUGCGGAGGAAGAACUUUGGAAUUAUGGUCCAUCAGGCAUUAAUGUCUUUACAGGGGAAAACUUAACAGCUCCUGGGAGCUCCUCGGAGGUAUUUUUCAAACAAGGAACCAAUAGAAUUGGAGGAAGUUAUAAAAAGUUGGUUUUCCACGAAUACACAAAUGACACCUUCACCCACCGCAAAGACAGACUCCCUGAAGAGGAACACAUGGGAAUUUUAGGUCCUGUGAUUAGGGCAGAAGUCGGAGAUACCAUCAAAGUUACUUUUUUAAAUAAGAGUCCCUUUCCUCUCAGCAUUCAAUCAACUGGUGUGAGAUUUACCAAGCAUAAUGAAGGAUCCCAUUAUAAUUCAUUCCAUGGAGGCUCUCCUUCUACUCCUUCUCCUUCCUCACAUGUGGAACCCAAAGCAAAGUUUACCUAUGAAUGGACUGUCCCAGAUGGAGUGGGACCCACCUACAGUGAUCCCAACUGUUUAACCAAGAUGUACUACUCUGGUGUAGAUCCCAUUAAAGACAUGUUUACUGGGCUUGUUGGUCCUCUCAUCAUAUGUAGAAAAGGAAGUUUGGAUACCAAGGGUAGACAGGUAAGUGUAGACAAGGAGUUCUAUUUAUUCCCCCUAGUAUUUGAUGAGAAUGAAAGCCUGUUCUUGGAUGAAAAUAUCAGAAUGUUUACAAAAGAACCUGACCAGGUGGAUAAAGAAGAUGCUGAUUUUCAAGAAUCCAAUAAGAUGCACUCAAUAAAUGGAUUCAUGUACAGGAGUCAGCCUGGGCUUGAAAUGUGUGUCGGAGACACCGUAUCGUGGCAUUUGUUCAGUGCUGGGAAUGAGGCUGAUAUACAUGGGAUAUACUUCGCAGGAAACACAUUCCUCUCCAAUGGAGAACGGAAAGACACAGCAAACCUGUUCCCUCAGGCAUCUCUUACACUCCUCAUGACACCUGACUCUGCAGGACUUUUUGACGUUGAGUGCGUAACAACAGACCACUACACAGGAGGCAUGAAACAGAAAUAUCAAGUGAGACAGUGUGAGAAGUCUACAGCUGACACAACACUCUAUCUACAUGAGAAAGUCUAUUAUAUUGCUGCUAAGGAGGUGGAAUGGGACUAUUCCCCAAACAGGGACUGGGAAGAAGAACUGCAUAAUUUACAAGAACAACACAACGUUUCCAAUGUGUUUUUGGAUAAAGAAGAGUUCUUCAUAGGUUCAAAGUACAAGAAAGCUGUGUACUGUCAAUACACUGAUAGUACAUUUAGUACUCCAAAAGAGAGAAAAGAAGAGGAAGAACAUUUGGGAAUUCUAGGUCCACAACUUCUUGGAUAUGUUGGUGGCAGAGUUAAAAUUGUCUUUAAGAAUAUGGCAUCAAGACCUUACUCAAUACAUGCCCACGGGGUGAAAACUCCUAAUUCUGUGGUAGUUCCAACACAACCAGGUGAAACAGAGAUUUAUACCUGGGAAAUCCCUCUAAGGUCUGGCGCUGGAUUAGAAGAUUCUCCUUGCAUUCCCUGGGUUUACUAUUCAACCGUAGAUCAAGUGAAGGAUCUCUACAGUGGAUUAAUUGGUCCUCUGAUUAUUUGUCGAAGACAUAAGACAGCUGUAUUUGGAGCCACAAAGAAACUCCAGUUUUCUCUACUAUUUUUAGUUUUUGAUGAAAAUGAGUCUUGGUAUUUAGAUGAAAAUAUCCAAAAAUAUUCUGCUGCCCCAGAAAAAGUAAACAAGGAAGAUGAAGAUUUUAUAGAAAGCAACAAAAUGCAUGCAAUAAAUGGACUAGUGUAUGGAAAUUUACAUGGCCUCACAAUGCACGUUGGAGAUGAAGUCAACUGGUAUCUGAUGGGCAUGGGCAACGAAAUCGACCUUCACUCUGUGCACUUCCAUGGACAUAGCUUUGAGUAUAAGCUUGGAGGAAUGUAUCGCUCCGAUGUCUUUGACCUCUUCCCUGGGAUGUUUCAAACAGUGGAGAUGUUUCCGAAUGUGCCAGGAACUUGGCUACUUCACUGUCAUGUGGCUGACCACAUUCAUGCUGGAAUGGAAACUACCUACACUGUGCUUAAAAAUGAAGAGACAAAGUCUGGCUGAAUGAAAUCAAAUGAUGCUAAAACCUGCUGUAGCACCACAGAAAUUAAGAUAUUUCAUAGAAAUAUGAACUCGGCAUAUUUAUGAACAUUAAAAAUUUUUUAAUAACUCUAA